ACUGGUCAGAGAGCAAAGAUUACCAGGGAGUCUGAGGGACACGAGUGACACUGGCACAGCCGAAAGGUAGCCAGAAAUCCAGCCAGAAAGUGCUUUCACUGGGGGAAAAGCAAGCAAGAGAUAUCAAAGGGCACACAUAAAACUGAACUGCACCUAUGUCUAUGGCAGCAAAAGCAGGAAGCAUGAAUGUAACAUUAGGAUCCAAGCUGAGCACUAUACGGAGUAAAAGAGUGGUCAUUGACAAAACUAUAACUUCUGCUGAUAUCAUCAUCACUGAUGGCAAGAUCAGUAAUAUUCUACCUUGGGGAAAGUCAAGCGGAUCACAGCUGCUGGAUGUUGGGGAACUCGUUGUCAUGGCUGGCAUUAUAGAUCCACACGUUCAUGUCAAUGAGCCAGGGCGCACUGCCUGGGAGGGCUACAGGACUGCCACACAGUCAGCCGCUGCUGGAGGAAUUACAACCAUUGUGGAUAUGCCCCUGAACAGUCUUCCACCUACCACAACUGUGAGCAAUUUCCACACCAAACUUCAGGCUGCCCGAGGACAAUGCUAUGUGGAUGUGGCAUUUUGGGGAGGAGUCAUUCCUCAUAAUCAGGUGGAGCUGAUACCUAUGUUACAGGCUGGAGUUGCAGGUUUUAAGUGCUUCCUUAUAAACAGUGGGGUUCCAGAAUUCCCUCAUGUCAGAUUAAUGGAUCUACACUCAGCUAUGUCUGAACUUCAGGGGACCAGAAGUGUUUUACUGUUUCAUGCUGAACUUGAAGAUACAAAAAGUGUCCCAGUCACUGGAGAUCCUACACAGUAUGAAAUGUUUUUGACCUCACGUCCAGAUCACAUGGAAGUUGCUGCAGUUGAGAUGGUGGCUGAUCUCUGCCUACAGUACAAAGUCCGCUGCCACAUUGUGCACCUCUCAUCGGCACGAUCGCUCCCCAUUAUCAGAAAGGCAAAAAAAGCAGGGGCACCUAUCACUGUUGAGACAACUCAUCAUUACCUGACCCUCAGCGCUGAAAACAUACCCCCCGGAGCUACAUAUUACAAGUGCUGCCCACCUGUGAGAGGACAUAGCAAUAAGGAGGCACUAUGGAAUGCACUUCUGCAGGGCAACAUAGACAUGGUUGUAUCUGAUCACUCACCAUGUACUCCAGACCUCAAGCAUUUACAAGAUGGAGAUUUCCAGAAGGCCUGGGGAGGCAUUUCAUCCCUACAAUUUGGGUUGUCCCUUUUUUGGACCUCAGCAAGGAUCCGAGGGUUUUCACUGCCAGAUGUAUCUCGCUUGUUGAGCAGCAACCCAGCCAAAUUAUGUAGCCUGGAAGAUCGCAAGGGAGCCAUUAAAAUAGGGUGCGAUGCUGACCUGGUCAUCUGGGAUCCUGAUAGUGAGUUUCAGGUGCAAGAGAAGAAUAUUCAUCAUAAGAACAAGCUCACCCCCUAUCUGGGAUUCCUUCUUUGGGGAGAAGUUGUGGCAACUGUUAUUCAGGGGACUCUGGUCUAUCACAAAGGAAAGCAUGUCCUCCAACCUACAGGAGAGCUGAUUCUCAUUCGCACUAUGGACCCGCCUGAACCUAAUGCUCCCUAUUACUGAAUAUCCAAACCAUCUAUACACUUAGUGGACAGGAGCUUCGUUAAGCCAUGUCUUGCCUGUCCUCGUACUGUAUCUUGUAAUGUCCGCUUGUACACUAUAUGAUGAAAUGCAGAUGUCAGGUUAUCUCUCAUGUGACCGUUAGGGCUCAUUCAGGCGACCGCAUCUGUUUUGCAGUCCGCAAAAUACGGAUACCAGCCGUGGAACGGAACUGCCAGCCCUAUGAUAGAAAUGCCUAUUCUUGUCCGCAAAAACGGAAAAGAAUAGGACAUGUUCUAUUUUUCUGUGGGGCCGCGGAAUGGAAGUGCAGAUGCGGGAGAGCACACUGGUACAAUAGGAGGUACGGAUGCAGACAGCACACAAUGUGCUGUCUGCAUCUUUUGCGGCCCCAUUGAAAUGAAUAGGUCCGCAUCCAUUCCGCAAACUUGCAGUAUGGAUGCGGACACAAACAUACGGUUGUCUGAAUGAGCUCUUAUAUGUCUCGCUCCCUCAGCAUUCAACAGUCGUUUACCAGGGCAGACAUCGGCGCGGAUUUACUAACAGUGUCAAAGUGUAAACGAGACCAGAUUUAUCACAGGGUUGAUGCUGGAUGAUACUCCGGGGCACCUGUGGCCUGUCUAGUCUAUCUCCUGUCAGGUGGCUUACUUGGUGCCAGAAUUGUGUGUCUGAAUUUUAGUGCAUAUUAUGCCAUACCCCUCUAUCACUAAGCCCAAGGCAAAAAAAGUCAGCGACACUUAAUAAAUGUGGCAAACGACCUCUGACAGAUAUUCAUCAAAACUGCCUAACAGUAAAACUGUCUUUGUUGUCCAUAGCAACCAAUCACAGCACAGCUUAUAUCUCUUCCAGUGCCUUUGAAAAAAUGAAAGCUGCACUGUGAUUGGUUGCUAUGGGCAACCAAAACAGUUUUUCUUCCAGUGUUAUAAACCUGCCCCUAUGUCUUCUGUCUUUAACACAUGCUCCUCUGGAAUAAUUCACACGGUUUUGCUUCUGUUCACGUCAGGGCUUUCCCUCACAAUCAUCCCAACGUCCAUGUUUUGUGAGAUGCCAUCAUUUAGCCAUCAUGUCCUGGUAGUUCCUGAACGCCUUCCCUUUCUUAUCCUGUACCUCCCUGUGAUGUGACAUCAGUAUAAGGCCUCAUGCACACGACCGUUGUUUUGGUCCGCUUCCGAGCCAAAGUUUUUGCGGCUCGGAUGCGGACCCAUUAACUUAAACGUGCCGCAAAAGAUGCGGACAGCACUCCGUGUGCUGUCCGCAUCCGUUGCUCCGUUCCGUGGUCCGCCAAAAAAAUAUAACCUGUCCUAUUCUUGUUCGUUUUGCGGACAAGAAUAGGCAGUUAUAUCAAUGGCUGUCUGUGCUGUUCUGCAAAUGGGGGAACACACAGGUACGCCAUCCGUGUUUUGCGGAUCCGCAAUUUGUGGACUGUCAAACACACAACGGUCGUGUGCAUGAGGCCUUACCAGGGUAUUAACCACUUUACAUAAAAUGUCCAUGGUAAUGGUAACACAACAUACAUAAUAUUCCAAAUAUCCUAACAGAAUUGCUUUAUCUUCCUAGUAAAUUUUAUUACUACUGAUUUAUUCAAAUAAAUCUGCAAAACCCCAGAUUUGUCACAA